AUGGCACCGUUAGAAAGCGCUCGCUCAGCUGGUCUUUUGCUCAUUCUUACACUCUCCCUCUUCUGCCUAGGCGUCGCCGUUCUGGGAAAACCGGACCAGAUGAACCUCGUCGUUCAGCAGCCUCCAUCUGUUUUCACUCUUGAUGAAGCCACUUAUUUCGUGUCCCCAUCAUCCAAGGAUACGCGCAGGUUUUCCGAGAGCGUGCCUGUUUCAGGCCCCUGUACCGUCAUUCGCGCCACCGAUGUUCCGAUCACCCCAGAGUAUCUCAUUGAGAUCCGAAGGAAGCUUUCCAAAGAUGAUGUAUGGACAUACAGCUUUCUACGCUACAUCAUCUUUCUGCCCCAGCCCCCUUACCGGACGUUCCAGAUCAGCCCUGCGGCGCAGCAGACACUUGAUACUUGGGGCAGCCAAGUUUUAUCCGCAGACAACCCGGAAUCUCUAGACUUGCACUUUGCUCCUUAUUUCUGUAAUGCUGGUCAGCUGCACAAAGUGCACAGGUUAUAUCCUGAUACAGCGGGAGCAUUCAUGAGCGCAACAAUUCAGUCACCAAGUGAUCCAUAUCUGUACAAUUCACUCAACAUAUCUGUAUUCACGGAAGAACAUCCACUAGCGUUGACUAUCGGUGUUCCUUCACGCUUUUACUAUGCACCCACCGAGGAAAAACCAUUGGCAGGACUGCGAAUCGCAGUGAAAGACACACAAGAUGUACGGGGGAUCAAAACCACAGGAUCAUCGCGUGCAUAUGCUCGACUCUAUGGGCCUCGAGAUAAAAGUGCCACUGGAGUUCAACGCUUGCUAGAUCAUGGGGCCAUCGUGAUUGGCAAAUUGAAGUCGACCCAGUUUGGAGAGAGUGAAUGGGCCACUGGCGACUGGGUGGACUACCAUGCGCCGUGGAAUCCUCGAGCAGAUGGAUAUCAAACUCCAAGUGCAAGUAGCUCAGGCAGCGGUGCAGCGGUGGCUGCCUAUGACUGGCUAGAUUUGUCUACUGGCACUGAUUGCAGCGGCAGUGUUCGGGCUCCAGCCGCUGUUCAUGGACUAUUUGCGAUCAGGCCAUCCACAGAUGCAAUCGACAACAAAGGCGUCAUCCCAUUCUCCAAAAAUUUCGAUACAUUUGGGAUAUUUACGAGAAAUAUCGAAACUCUUACAGCUGCCUCUUCGGUGCUUUAUAACCAACAUGCAGAGAUCCACUCCUGUUUCAAGAAGCCCACACGAAUUAUAUACCCCAACGAAUACUGGCCAGUUGAAGAUAUGGCGAGUUCCGCUGUGUUUGAAAGCGUUAUCGGAAAGCUCGAGAAUGCUAUUGGCACGAAGCGAACCAAUAUUAGUCUAAGCGGACUCUGGGCGGAAACAAAUCCGGUUGGAACGGACGUUUCUAUCGAUGAUUACUUCAAAACGACCUUUGUCUCUGCAUCCGCUCCAGAUCAAUGGAGAAUGCUCAAGAACUUCCACUCGGAAUAUAGCAGCGUGUUUGGCCAUUCUCCUCCAGUAAAUCCCCAAUUACAAUGGAAAAUGGAGUUUUUGCCAAAGCAGACACUGGAGUCGCAGAAACGGGGGCAAAAGGAGAUUGAAAUCUUCCGGAGAUGGUUUGAACAGAAUGUGAUGUUAGCCGACGAAAAUGGCUGCUCUGAAAGCAUCUUGGUCCUGCCAUGGACAAAAGGGGAACCCAGUUUUAGAGACGAAUAUCGAGAACGCCCAUCUUGGACUGGCGAAGGCUGGUUUUUCUAUUUCAUUUCUGUUUACGCAGGAGCCCCUGAGGUCAUAUUACCCAUUGGCCAAACGUCCUAUCACUCUCGAGUGACACAGAGAGAGGAGUGGCUCCCGGUAGCCCUUGGGCUUGUAGGAGCUAGAGGUACCGAUGCUGCCUUUACCUCCUUUAUAAAGAAUACUAUGGAAGCUGCGAACCUCUCAAAGUCGGUAUAUGUUGGGCGCACUGCUUUUGAUUUAAAAGUAACCGAGACCAACGAUGCUCCCCGGGAUUCUACGGGACAAAUACCGUCGAAUCAACGUGUCUUACUUCGGGAAAACAUUCUCUAG